UGAUGAGCAUAAGAGACUUCUUUAAAGACUAUUACAAGUCUUACUGACUCCAAACUUUUGAACGGUAGUGUAUAUUUAAGAACCCCCCCUGUCAUCCCAUUCUCACGCUCAUAUAAAAGUAAUGAAUGUACAAUAAAAUAUACAAACAAUAGACUACAUUUCAGCGUUUCAACAAGUCCAGUUUCGACCGAUUUGUUUUCCUUUAUUAGUGUUCUUUGUGUAUUUUAUUUUGUAAAAGCUUUAAGUCGGAAAGCUGUUAAUGAUCUGCACAGUAGCGCAUCGCAGAGGUUCUCCGUGGGGUUUGGAUAGUGAUGGAUGAGAGGCGGAGCCCAUGCGAUGCGCGUCACUGUGGUUCCAUGAAGCAAGAUCAGACCAUAAAUCUCCAGCACUUUUGAGAAGCCGGGCAGACGGAGAAAGCAGCGGUCGGCAGUGAUGAACAUCUAAACUGGACGUCCAGCUCAAGGUUGACACUGCGCUGCGGCCAGCUUAAGGUGAACGGAGUGGCGGAGCUGAGGUCAGACACGAAAAGACAUCUGAGCUUUUUUCCCCUCCUAUCCAUGAUGCGGGACUCUGUCUUCAACUGCUGCGUUUCCCCACCCAAUCCUCCUAGAGGAAUGGAGGAGCACCACCAACAGCGAAGCAGAGCUCAAGCUCCGCCCCCUAACGACAGGCGUUUCCUUAUAUUCUUUGACUUUGACGAGACCCUGGUGGACGAGUGCAGCGACGACUCUAUAGUUACUGUGGCGCCUGGUGGAGCCCUGCCCGGCUGGUUGAAGGACACCUACCGUCCCGGCCGCUACAAUGAGUACAUGCAGCGUGUGCUGGCCUACCUCGCCGAACAGGGCGUCACCCCUGCUGCUAUUCGAAGCACAGUGGAGAAACUCCCUCCCUGCCCAGGCAUCCCCACUUUGAUGCAUUUCCUGCUCUCCCAGCCAUCAAGAGACUUUGAAGUCGUUUGUGUGUCAGACGCUAAUACUGUCUUCAUCGAGACGUGGCUGCAGCACCUGGGCUUCCGCCCACUGUUUCUGCGCAUUUUCACCAACCCGGCUCACUUUGAUGAUAAUGGGCAGCUGCAGCUUCGCCCCUUCCACUCCCACGAGUGUCUGCGAUGCCCGGCGAACAUGUGCAAAGCGGUGGUGGUGAGGCAGUACUUGGCCCAGCGUGUGCGAGAAAGGGGCGGACGACCGUAUCAGAAGGUUUUGUACAUGGGUGAUGGGGCCAAUGACUUUUGCCCGUCACUCACACUGUCACCAGGCGAUGUAGCAUUCCCACGACUAGACUUUCCAAUGCACAAACUGAUCCAGGAGAUGGCGGAAGCCAAACCUGGGGAGUUCAAGGCCAGUGUGGUGCCCUGGAAAAGUGGAGAGGAUGUCGUUAACACCCUGAAGAAGAUAUUAGAGAGGCCUUGAAUAUAUACAUACACCUAAACGAGGCCCUAAAAUGUCUACAGCUUACUUGAGUACAUUCCAAACUCAUUUGGUUUUGCCAAAUAUGUACCAGCUUAGUUCUGGCAGCUGAAACUGCCAGGCUCAUUUAUAAAAAGGGUCUUUUAUUAAGAAGCGUUGUUGGUGCAGAUGAAAUCACACCCAUAAAAACUUACAUUUAAAUACACGGACACAUCCAUAUGAUAAUGAAUACAUAAUAUGUAUGUGUGUGUGUAUGAUUGAGAAGCUUAGUUUUUUUUUUUAUCUGAUUGCAUUAACACUAACACUGGCCUACAGAGUCUAUCCCUAAAUGCAUUAUUUUUUUUUUUAUCAUCAUGCUUAGGACCAAUUUCUGUGUUGUACUGUCAUAAAUCUAAAUAUCUGUUCUUUUUAUAGUUUCAAAGAUGCAAAUCUGAGAGGUGCUAUAGGUCAUUGUUUAUGUGAAAAAUGGUGAUUCACUAAAACGGUUAUCUUGUCUUAGAAAUAACUAUCAAUGGUUAGUAUUUGCCAUUGAAAUACUGUAUGUAUUGUAUGCUAUGUUUUUUGUUAGUAACUUGAACCCAUCCUCUGUUGGCAGGAUGUGCUGUAGUUUUUUUAAUCAGUGAUUUUAAGUAUUUGUGUUUUGUUGUGUGUUUGUUCCUUUCUGUUAUACAAAGUUUGUGAACUUUGGAUGUGAGAUUAUGGAUCUGAGAUCUCUCACCAGCAUGGAUAUAAAGCCAUUUACUCAACUCUGUGUCCGAGCAUGUUUUUUGACCCCUCACCCCAGCACCUGUCAUGUGUCUUACAUGGUUUUCAGGAUAUCUAUAGACACAAUGAGAUCAAAUUCCAGAAUCAAUUUAAAUCAUGCUGACUUGCGUAGCCCUUUCCACAGUACAUGUUGUUUUGU